GCCAGUUCCCGUGUUGAGUCUGUAAAUUCAUGUUUGAAACGUUUGCUACAAAAUCAAAUAUUUCAUUAUGUAAUCUUAUGACGGAAAUUCACAGAAUGCUUGAUAUGCAAGAUAAGGAAAAUGAAUAUAAUUUUUGGCGUAUGUCAAUUCCAAUCAAAAAGAAUCCAAAAACAGUUAACUUUUUAUUCACUAAAGUUGAUGAGUGUCUUCAAAAAUUUCUUACACCUACAAUGCUAAAAAUGCAUCAAGAUGAAAUGAAUCAAUCAGUUUAUUAUAUAGCGAAUUUAGUAGAUUUAGAAAGUAUUGAAAUUUUAGAUGAGGAAAAUGUGACUUUAUUACAUGAUGAUAUUGACACUCCACAAACGACACUAAAGCAGAUGAUUAAAUUUGUUGAAUUUCAAAAUAUUAAAGAAAUAUGGUCAAUUAGCGUUGGAAACUCAUCAAAAGUCAAGCACUAUGUCAUUUUAUUGCAAAAUAAUGGACAUAUAUGUUCAUGUCUUUCAAUUUUACGAUGUGGAAUUGUAUGUCGACAUUAUUUUCAAGUAAUGUUGGCUACAAGCAAUGCAAUGUUUCAUAUAAGACUUAUUCCAACACGAUGGUAUAAUGGUGAGAGAAAUGGUUCAAAUGAGUUAUUUAUAUUUGCUGACAAGUAUAUGCAAGAACAACUUAUUAUUACAUCUGAUUAUCAUGAUGCAGUACCAUACUUGUGCUCUAUUAAAGAUUAUCGAGAAGAAAGUUUAUCAUUUUUAGAACAGAAAAUUGCUUAUGGGAAAUUGCAUAGUGCGUAUAAAAAAGCAUUAAAAAAGGCAUUACAGACAGAUUUUAAUUCACAAAAUCUUAUUAAUUUACUUGAAGAAUUUGCUGAGAAUGAUAAUAUUGAUGAGCAGUCAGAAUCUGAUGAAUAUGAGGAUGAUAUCAAUGAUAAAGAAAAUGUUAAUCCGACGUUGUUGAAAAAUCCAAAACCUCAUCGUGGAAAAGGUCGGCCAAUGGGAACAAAAAGAAUCAAAUCAGCUCAUGAAAUUCCGAAUCAAAGAACAAAGCAUCAACGUCGAUGUAAAAAGUGCGGAAACAUUGGUCAUUAUUAA